UGAAACCGUCAGAUCAUCAAACGCGAGGGAGGAUCAAACAGUCGAGGAGUUAACGGGUCAAACGGGAGAUCAGUGAGCCGAGGGGCUCAUUUGCAUAUGUCAAGAGCGUGCUGUAUUUGCAUACGGGACGUAUUUAUAGGCUCGUGCGUCAGGAAUAAGGAGUCUUAUUAAGCAGACUAUAUUACUCACACACGCACACACACGCACGGACUCUCUGGUAACUUUUCUCGUGAUGAUGAGUGCGCUCGUGCUCGGUGGUCCCAGCAGCAGCAGCAGCAGCAGCGGAUUCUCUUCACACGUCUCCGUCGCGACUCCCGGUUCUCUCCUCCUGAAUGCGCACCUGGCCCCGGCGGCGGAGCGGCUCUCGCGCAGCGCGCUCUCGCCUCCUGCAGAAUUCGCGCACCUCAGCGGCGUCCUGCGGCGGCGGCAGCUUUACUGCAGAACCGGGUUCCAUCUGGAGAUCCUGGCGGACGGAAGCGUGCAAGGCACCAGGAAAGACCACAGCAGAUUCGGUAUUCUGGAGUUCAUCAGCCUGGCUGUGGGGUUGGUGAGCAUCCGUGGUGUAGAUAGUGGCUUCUACCUGGCCAUGGACAGCAGAGGGCAUCUGUACGGCUCGGAAAAGCUGUCGGCAGAGUGUGUUUUCCGUGAGCACUUUGAGGAGAACUGGUACAACACCUACUCGUCCAACCUCUACCGGCACGGUGAGCGAGGGCCGCACUACUUUGUUGCUCUAAACAAAGACGGCACUUCAAGAGACGGCGCUCGAUCGAGGAGGUACCAGCGCUUCACACACUUCCUCCCACGUCCUGUCGACCCUGACCGCGUGCCCGAGCUGUAUAGAGACAUCCUGGGACAAAGCUGAGGCAAGGCUUAGAGUUCAGCCAUGCUGAACAUCAAAGAAAGCCCUUUGGUUUGGGGUAUAAAAGGUUACUCCAGCUUGGGAGAUACACUCCUGGAUUGAUCUGCCAUUUUGGGCAGAUAAUCUGGAAGCACAAAACAUGACCAAACACCCAUAAAUCCCUUUUUUCUGGAGGAUAUACGGUCACUCUGUUGAAGAGGAGAGAAAGGAAAAGGGAUAUGCCACCAUCUGGGGUAUGAUGGACAUCCAUCACAGCCCUUGUUUCUGGAGAAGUGAAGAUUCCUUUGGUGGGAAACUGUAUGGAAAAAUCAUCUGCCCUUAUUUGGUGCAAAAAAAACCAAAAACAUUUGUCCAUCCUGGGCAAAAAUGUUGGACCUGUACCUCCAACGUCCACAAUAUCCAUUGCCACUUUUCCACCGGAAAGAACCGGGUGCUGGUUCAGAGCUAGUGCUAGUGCUGGUUCAAAGUUGGAUCCACUGGCGAACCUUCUAAGAACCAGUUUGCCU